AUUGUAUGUAUGGUGUAUUGAUACUACUAAUUUAUAUGAAUAUAAAAAACUACUAAAAGGCAACUAGCAACAAAUGAUGAAAAUUUUACAAUUCCGUAAUUUUAACAAACAUAUAAUAUUUUAACUUGAACAAAUAUAUUGAUAACAAAAAAUUUAAAUACUUGUGUUGAUAAAAUAAUUUCAAGAUCAUUAAAAAACCUAUUUUUAUUGCUUGAAUAUAUUUUAUAUGCUAAUCAACGCAUAAAUAAAUACAUGCAUACAUGUAUCGUUUGUCUCUCUCCUAUUGGCUAAGAAAACAGAGAGAAUCGGUAUUUUUAGCCUUUGCUAAGAUAUUUUGAUCAAAAAUCCCACUUUCGAGCGGUCUUAUCUUUAUUCUCCACCUCAAAGGACCAUUUCUCAUGGCUUCUGUUCCGGUGAAACCACUACCUCUUCUUCGCCGGAACAUCACCUCGACGACGGCUUCGAAAUCAUCUCCAAUGCUCGCCAACGUUUCGAGCCGGCAUUUUCUCGGGAUCUUUACGUAUAAUGAAUCCUUGAGGCAAAUGAGAACUCCGGCGUCUUUAAGCCACCGCCGGAGAGUAAGUACGGUGGCGUCAUCGGCGGGAAACUUGACGGCGCCGUCGUGGGACUCGUGGAAGCCAGAUAGGACGGCGGCGGCUACGGCUCUGUUGAUGAGUGACGUCAUUUGGCCUGCAGCUGGAGCGUUUGCGGCAAUGGCAAUAUUGGGAAGAAUGGAUCAAAUGCUAUAUCCAAAAGGGAUUUCAAUGUCAGUUGCACCACUUGGUGCUGUCUCCGCCAUUCUUUUCAUCACUCCUUCUGCUCCUGCUGCUCGGAAAUACAAUAUGUUUUUGGCUCAAAUAGGUUGUGCUGCGAUUGGAGUGGUAGCUUUCUCCUUCUUCGGCCCAGGUUGGCUCGCCCGGAGUGUCGCCCUCGCCGCUUCCAUCGCUUUUAUGGUCAUUACUCGUGCCAAUCACCCUCCUGCGGCGAGCUUACCAUUAAUGUUCAUAGAUGGAGCAAAGUUCCAUCACUUGAAUUUCUGGUAUGCACUGUUCCCAGGUGCAGCUGCUUGUGUCAUCCUAUGCCUUCUCCAAUCGAUCGUAUGUUACUUGAAGGAAAACAUGAAAUUUUGAUGAAUCAUCAAGCAACACGUACGAUCGAAUGAUAUACAUACACCCAUAUUGAUGGAAAUCUUGUGAAGAUAUUUGAUUCAUGUAUUCACUUGAACGUAUGAUGUAAAUGACUAUAUAAAUAUAAAUAUAUAAUUACGUUCAUUCAAAAUA